AUGUCAGAACAGCUCAAGAGAAUUGUUUCGUCAGAAGAAAUUGUUUCAUCAGUCAAGAAACAAAAGAAAAUCAGUACUAGUGGAGUAGCAUCGGCUAUUACUGAAGCAGAUGUUGGUAUUACCAGAUUUGUCAACAGCCAAACAAUUGGCUUUCAAGCAGCUAUAAAGACAUUAUAUUCAGACUUCCAAGUUAAUGAGAUCCAACCAAAUGGAACGGUGGUACAUUUGGUAGAUGAGGGUUUAGAAACUGGGAAAUCCAACCGGGAAAAAAGGUUAGAAAAAAGAGCUAAAGAACGCGAGGAACUCAAGGGGAAGUCACAAGAGGAAAUAGCAAAGAUUAUGGAAGAGAGAGAAGCUUUGAAGGAAAAUGAACCAAAGUAUACCUUGUCUGAAGAAGAUAAGACCGAGCUUCUUUCCUAUAUCACUAAUGAAGAGCUACAGAAUAUUGAAGACUUGUUUUCCACAGGGAACAAUACCGAGACAAAAACGCAAUUCCACGAUAAAGAACAAAGAACAAAGUUGCACCAAUUAUUUCGUAAAGCGUUUCAAGGUAAAUUGGAGACAGUUACCUCGAGUGAAAAUACAUUUAGAAUAGCAAUUGCAAAAAGGAAAGGAGGGUUCAGCCGAGGAGACGCAAGAAACAGUAAUGGCCAGGAGAGUAUGCAUCAUAUUGACGAAAAUGGUGUUGUUAAUUAUGGCUUGGGUCCAUUCAAGCCAUAUCUACAUUUCACUGUUUUUAAAAAGAAUCGCGACACAAUGGAUGUAGCAAAUACUAUUGCCAAGAUGAUACGUGUACCAAACAAAUCCAUUACAUUUGCAGGUACAAAAGAUCGUCGUGGCGUCACUUGUCAAAGAUUUAGUAUACAUCGUGGCAAAGUACUAAGAGUAAAUGCAUUGAACAAGAUGCCAAACUCAAACUUCAAACUAGGCUCGUUUACUUAUGAGGAUGAGCCUUUGAAAUUGGGCGACUUGUUGGGAAAUGAAUUUCUUAUUACUUUGAGAGAUGUGAAACCUGUUUCAUCGAUUUCGACUUUGAUUUCGGCUAAUGAUGAUGUCAAUAUCAAGGACAUUAUCGAGCAAUCAUUUACAAGCUUAAAACAAAAGGGGUUUAUAAAUUAUUUCGGUAUGCAACGGUUUGGGUCCUUUUCUGUACAAACUCACGAACUUGGUGCAGCCUUGCUACAAGAAGACUGGCAAAAAUGUGUUGAUUUGCUAUUAUCUGAGCAAGAAAUAACUGCUCCUGGAACUCUCGAUGCAAGAAAAGUAUGGGCAGACACUAAAGAUGCAAGAAAAGCCAUGAAGGUUCUCCCUAGACAUUACGUUGCUGAGUAUAGUAUAUUGAAAACUUUGGCUAACGAAAAGCAAAACCAAGAUGGUUCAUUUAAUCGCCAUUCUUAUUUUCAGAGUAUUUUAGCUAUUCCGAAAAACUUACGAAUGAUGUACGUACAUGCUUAUCAAUCGUACGUUUGGAACUUGGUAACGUCAAAAAGGAUAGAAAUGUUUGGACUACAAGUACAAGAAGGUGACUUGGUAUUAGAGGAGGAGACUACUAGUUUGAACAAAAGUUGCGAUCCUGUAAAAGAUGAAGACGAUUUUGAAGAGGAUGUUGCCGAAUCGAGAGAGGUGCCGGUAAGAGCAAUAACUAAAGAGGAUAUUGAAAGUAACCGAUACACUAUUUUCGACGUUGUUUUACCUACACCAGGAUACAUGGUUCAGUAUCCAACAAAUGAAAAAUUGGUACAGGUAUAUAUAGACACGAUGUCAAGGGAUAAUAUAGAUCCGUUCAACUUGACAAGGAAAAACAAGGAGUUUUCGUUAACUGGGACAUAUAGGAAAAUAGUAACCAAGCCAAUAGAUUUAUCCUAUGACUUGAUUAGUUAUAGUGAUGAUUCUGCAUUGUUGGUACGUACAGACGAGGAGAUUUACGAAAUGAAGAAAGAGGAAUUAAAAGAGGGCAAGUCGGUGGAGGAAAUUGGUAGACUCAUACCACAAUUAAAAGAUGCUACUGCUGAUGGUGAUGCUGGUGAUGCUGCUGGUGAUGCUGCUACGGCUACUACGGCUACUGCUACUCCUGAGAAAUUGGCUGUGGUGUUGAAAAUGCAAUUAGGUGUCAGCUCUUAUGCUACAAUGGCAUUAAGAGAGUUUAUGAAAAUUGACACAACUAGAAAUGAAGCUUUAUAG